CUCUGCCUCCUCAUAUCAUCAAAACCGCCUCUCAAAGGAAUUUGAAAUCCAAAAGCAUCACAGAGUUCUCUCUCUAUAAAUAUCUGCUGGACAAAUAUCCUCAGAGAUCUUGAUCUUGAACCCUUUCUUGCUUCAGAAAUCUGCACCUUCGUUUGUUCGUAGUUUCGGUUUACAGAAUUAUUGUAAUAUCAAUUCUCGUUGAUCCAAAUAGCUUAGUUUUUAAGUUUGCAGCAGAGAUGUCGGCCAAUCAAAGCGAUUUUGAAGACCAAGUCUCAAUGACUGUUGAUGAUGACGAAAUUUCGGGUUAUGAGUCCGAUUGCGGCGAUUCCAAUUCCGCUGUUUCGGAUCGGUUUGAUGUUUUCACUCGGAACGGGAUGAUCCGGUUGGAGGAAGAGAAUUCGGCGCAUGACAUCAUCAAGACGUGCUUUCUUUCGGGCAUGGGUUUCGCUGGAGGAGACACCAAUCUUGUGGCCAUACACAAGAACGUGAGCUCUGAUUUGACAAGACAAGCGAGGUUUGAGUCGUUCAAGAUUUUCUCUAAGGCGGUGGCUCAGAAAUGUGGUGGGAAUGCCAACGUUAAGUAUGCUUGGUAUGGUGGAUCAAAAGAUGAGCUUUGUGAGAUUUUGGUUCAUGGAUUCAGUCGGUGCAGAGAGCCUGCCCCAAAUGAACAAUCUUAUGGCGUCGGCGUUCAUCUGAUUAGUCCUGUCUUUGCUUAUGAUGGUGCAUUGUCAUCAGCUGUUGAUGAAAGAGGGCUAAGGCACAUGCUACUGUGCCGUGUGAUAUUGGGGAAGAUGGAAACGGUGGCUCCAGGUUCGAAGCAAUCUCAUCCCAGUUCCAAGGAGAUGGACACUGGCGUGGACAAUCUUCAGUUUCCUAGAAGAUAUGUUGUGUGGAGUGCUUACAUGAACUCUCACAUUUUUCCUGUUUAUGUGGUCAGCUUCAAGGCUCCUAGCCCAAAUGUUGUCUCAGGCAUUCAACCAAGUAUUCAACCAAGGCAGGCGAAUACUUCAAAACCCACAUCACCAUGGGUGACUUUCCCUGCUCUGAUGUUCACGCUUGCGAAGUUCUUGCCUCCUUCUAAAAUGCUAUUGAUUGUCAAAUGUCACAACGAAUUCAGAGCAAAGAGGAUUUCGCGUCCACAGCUGAUACGGAAAGUGAGGCAGAUAGUCGGUGACAAUUUGUUGAUCCAAGUGAUUAAAGCUUUCAGAAGCAAGAGCCUCCAUCCGGCCAGUGCCAAGAGAACUGUGUAACGCUGGUGUAGUUCUUUGUUCAGCAAGAAGCCUCGGCACUUUAGUUUUCUUUCUUUUGGAUACAAAGAUUAGAUAUGGUUUUUGAACACCCAACCCAAAGGUUUUUCCUAUUUUUUGUCCAUGUUAGCAAAAAUUCAAACUGGAUUCAGAGUCUUCUUCUUCAUUGCAUCAAUUCCCGUUGAUUGCUCUGUAAUGAACUCCAAAAUACAAAUUCAAAUUGGUUUCUGGUUCUUCUC